AUGGCCCAGAGUGCUCUCCGCGCUACCCAGACGUGGCAGCCGCAGAAGUAUCUCAAGUUCCAGAAGCAACGGCUACGCCCAGCACUCGAUCUACUAGCCCGCAUCAUUGACCUUGGAGCUGGAACGGGCAGCAUGGCCCCUGCCUUCCUAAACCGGUGGCCAAACGCGCACGUGACGUUCGUGGACUCGGCCGCUUCCAUGCUGGACGUCGCUCAAUGCGAGCACAAGGAGAACGACUCGCUCGACACGCAGCAGUUCACCUACGUCCAAGCUGAUUUCGAGACAUACGACCCCGAACAUCCAGACAUCAUGUCGAGACUGUACUCGUUCCUCAAGCCCGGGGGCGUGUUGGCCUUCCAGAUCCCCGACACUCGGCUGCAGCCGAACUACCAGCUCAUGGUGCAGGCGGCCGCUGAAUUGGGCCUGAGCGAGCGCGUGGCAGGCGUGCGCUCCGUCACGUGCGAACACGACCCGGAGUUCUACUACGACCUAUUCAAGUCCGCCGACAACAACGUCCAGCUCGACACGUGGGUCACCGUGUACGCGCACAUACUCGAGGGCGACAACCCCGUGACCGACUUCACGAGCUCCACAGGCCUCCGCCCGUUCAUGAAAGCUCUGGCCGAGCCGUCGACCGAAGCCUCGCAGUUCGAGCGCAAGUACCGCGAGCUGGUCGCGGCCGCGUACCCCAAGCAGAGCGACGGCAGCACCGUCUUCAACUUUAAACGAUUCUUCCUGACGGCUACCAAGCCAUUGUAA